UCAAAGCUAGAACUAGAGAGAGAGAGAGAGAGGCGAAUGCAACCAUGAGCUUGUGCUAUUGUCCUCUAAUUCGACCUUCACCAGCAAUUCAAGAUUCUUAUCUCCAUUUUCCAUGGAAUUCCAAUCCUAGACGACCAUAUUUUGCUCUGUCAUUUACCAAAUCAUCGAGACUCACCAGCAGAGUUCUUCAACGGGGACUUGAUGUUGCGGCUCCCGACAAUGUUGUUCAGCAGAGCCCCUUAACUGAAACCAAAGACGAGGAAGGAGAAGAGGUCCAUGGAGUAUCGGACACGCAUUCAGAAAGCAAAAUCAGCCCUCUACCUUCAACUGCUAGAGUCAAGAAGAAGAGAGAAGAAGAGGACGACAAUUUCGAGAGCCGGUUCAAGCUCAGAAAUGGAAGGGAGGUGUUUGAAGAAAAAGCAUACCUAGUGGGUGUGGAGCGAAAAGGAGAUGAUGAGGAUUAUUUUGGGAUUGACGAAUCCUUGAAGGAAUUAACCCAGCUAGCGGACACUGCUGGGCUUAUGGUUGUUGGUUCCACUUAUCAGCGGCUGGCUACACCAAACCCGAGGUCUUAUAUUGGAUCUGGCAAAGUUGCUGAAAUCAAGAGUGCAAUACAUGCACUGGAUGUUGAGACUGUAAUCUUCGACGAUGAGCUCUCAGCAGGGCAACUAAGGAAUUUGGAAAAGGCUUUUGGAGGAGAUGUUAGAGUGUGUGACCGCACAGCUCUUAUUCUGGAUAUCUUCAACCAAAGAGCAGCUACACAUGAAGCAGCAUUACAGGUUGCGCUUGCACAAAUGGAAUAUCAGUUACCUCGACUAACUAAAAUGUGGUCUCACCUUGAACGUCAAGCAGGAGGACAGGUGAAGGGUAUGGGUGAGAAGCAAAUUGAAGUGGAUAAGCGUAUCUUGCGUACUCAAAUUGGUGUUCUGAAAAAAGAGAUAGAAUCUGUUAGAAAACAUCGAAAGCAGUACCGGAAUCGGCGUUUCUCUGUGCCUGUCCCUGUUGUAUCUCUGGUUGGGUACACAAAUGCUGGAAAGAGCACACUUCUAAAUGAACUGACAGGAGCUAGUGUUCUGGCAGAGGAUCGCUUAUUUGCAACACUUGAUCCAACUACAAGAAGAGUUCAGAUGAAAAAUGGGUCUGAGUUUCUUCUUACAGAUACUGUGGGUUUUAUCCAGAAAUUGCCAACCACCCUGGUUGCUGCCUUUAGAGCAACGUUGGAAGAGAUAUCAGAGUCCUCGCUCUUAGUGCAUGUGGUGGACAUCAGCCAUCCACUGGUAGAGCAGCAGAUAAAUGCAGUAGACAAAGUUCUGUCAGAACUUGAUAUAUCAUCUAUACCGAAGUUGAUAGUAUGGAACAAGAUUGAUAAGGUUUCCGAUCCUCAAAAGAUGAAGCUGGAAGCAGAGAAAAGAGAAGAUGUUGUUUGUGUAUCUGCUUUAAAUGGUGAAGGCUUAGAUGAGUUCUGUAAUGCAGUUCAGAAAAAAUUGAAGGAUUCUAUGGUGUGGGUGGAAGCUUUGAUCCCAUUUGAGAAAGGGGAACUUCUUAGUACUGUACAUCGAGUAGGGAUGGUAGAUAGUAUGGAAUACUUGGAGAAUGGGACAUUGGUCAAAGCAUAUGUCCCCCUUCGUUUUGCAAGAAUGCUCACACCAAUGAGGCAGCUCUGUGCGCCAAUCUCAUAAUUCCUGAAGUGACAUUUGGCAAGGUAACUGUAGAUAUAUUAAUCCCGAUCGUGGAGAGACAUUGUCCAGUUUUUCACAUGGCCUUUGUUGUAUAUUAUCCGUCUGUCUGUUUGAGGGGGCUUAUGUACAUAGCAUACUGGGUGUUUGGUAUCACCUUAAAUGUACGAAACAUGGAAUGUUGUAGAGAAAUAUAUUUUUCUACAAGCUGAUGCUUGGUACAUAGAGGCGGCUGCCAAAACAUAACAAGUCUGCUCUCUCAUUUAUGAGUAAUGAGAUUGCGAGAAUUUUAUAAA